CCCUGUGUCAGAGUCAGUAUGCAGUGGGCUCUACACUCAGCAACUUCUUAAAGGGAAACUUUUACAACUUACACCUUUAAAAAUUAGGACUACUUUGAGUCUGUCGUGGGGAGCUUUUAGUCAACACUGGGUUUCGGGAGCUCCUUUUACUUCUAUGUGGACCAUCAUUUCAUCAGCCUGCUGGAGGAUGGCUUUACUCUGCUCGACUCUACCCACUUCUGCUUGUUUCAGUGGGUUGGCUAACGGUCUGCAGGGCGAAAGCUGCAGGAGGAAAUGCUCUCAAAGUGCCUGGGGCGGCGUGAUGAAUAGAGGAAGUGUGAGGAGUCACGCUAGAUCGAGCUAGAGGCGAAGGAAGAACCUUCAGACUAUGAUGCCCACAAUGCACCACAGCAGCGUGUACUGACCCCAUCCGCCAGACCAUGUUCUCCGGACCCUAAAGGAUGUGACCGGACCGCUUCACUGUCUUCAGGAUGACCAUGAGGAGGCUCUGUCGGGCCCUGCCUUUGGCCCUGGUGACCACCUGCGUCUUCGGCGUUUUCCUGCAUUUGCAGAUGCGCACCAAGGACAGCCCGAAGCUCCCCAGUGAAGGGAUGCAGGGGAGGAAAAAACCUCUGAGGCUACAGGACAUUUUCAUCGCCGUGAAGACCACGGGCCGUUUCCACGGCAGCCGCCUCGCACUGCUGCUGGACACAUGGAUAUCCAAGACCAAGGGGCAUACGUAUAUCUUCACAGAUACUCCGGAUGAGGACAUCAGGUCUAGAGGGUUUAACAUCAUUGUUACCGCUUGUUCUCCUGAACACAGCCAUCAGGCUCUCUCCUGCAAGAUGGCCGCAGAAUACGACCACUUCAUGGACUCUGACAAAGAGUGGUUGUGUCACGUGGACGAUGAUAACUAUCUGAACCCGAAGCCGCUGCUGGACCUUCUCUCCACGUUCACUCCAGACACCGACGUUUACAUCGGCAAACCCAGCCUCGACCGUCCAAUGAGGGCAGUGGAGCUGCUGCAGGGAAACAAGACUCGAGAGGUGAGCUUCUGGUUCGCUACAGGAGGAGCAGGAUUCUGCCUCAACAGGAAACUGGCCAAGAGGAUGGCUCCAUGGGCCAGUGGUCCCAGGUUCGAGCAGACCUCCGCUGUAAUCAGGCUGCCUGAUGACUGUGCCAUGGGUUUCAUCGUGGAGCAGCGUCUGGGCGUCUCUAUGAUCCACAGCGACCUGUUCCACUCACACCUGGAGAACCUGCUGCUGCUCACACCCAGAGAUAUACCAAGACAGGUAACUCUGAGCUACGGGCUGUUUGAAAAUAAAAUGAACACUGUGGAGGUGAGGGGGGCGUUCAGUAAGGAUGAAGAUCCUUCCAGGUUUAGAACAAUCCACUGUGUGCUGUACCCUUUAACCAGCUGGUGUCCAUCACCCUGAUAUACACUCAGACAAAGGUUCUAAUGUGGGAGCGAUGAUUUAUAUGAUCUUACUGACAGAUCACUCCUCGUCUCCUCAUCUGAGGAGCUCGGGCCAAGAACUCCCCUGGAGAAUUAACAGAACAAACACAUGUAGAGAAUAAACAGAGAACAUGAUCAUUCUCUCCGGUUCCAAAACACAGUUCUGGAAGAGGAACUACACUAUUCCUAAAGAAGAACCAUACAGUUACUAAUGGAGAACCCACAGUUUCUGAAGGAGAGCCACACAUUUCCUAGUGGAGAACUAUACACUUCCUGAAGGAGAACCAUGCAUUUCCUGAAGAACAAUCUCACAGUUCCUAAAGGAGAACCAGAAGGAGGAGCGCAUUCUUUCUAGAGAAACACACCAGUUCUGAAAGAGAAGCACACAGAACGGUUCCUAUACACUCGUUAAAAGAUGGCUCUUCAAGGGUUCUUUAGUAAAGACAAUGGUUCUAUAUAGUGCCAUGAACACCCAAUGAACCAUUUGCAUGCUUAAAUGGU